ACACGCGCAUGCGCAGUGCCUGUGACAGCGGGUUGCUCGGAGCUUGUGUUUACAGCUCGUUCGGAUGCUGUGUUGGCUUGUGACGAAAAUGGCGUAUUCAAUGUUUCGCCAAACGUCAUUUGACAACAUAUAACCGCGGUGAUUUAAAGGUGAUUUUGCACAUCAUCUCCCACCGCUUCUUCCUCCUGCUCCUCUUCCCGUCUUCCAUUCAUGAGCAGAGUGGCUGAGCGUAAGAGCGUCUGCCAUGGAUGACAAGGGCUUGGUGGGGAAGAUUAGCGUUUCGUCCGACUCGGUGUCCACUCUUAACAGUGAGGACUUUGUCCUCGUGUCCCGGCUGGGGGACGAGACGCCCUCGUCUACUAAUAAUGGUAGCGAUGACGAAAAGACAGGAUUGAAGGUGAUUUCAGAGGAAGGGGUCAGCUUUAAGAUUGUGGGAAAUGGCAGCGAGCAGCAACUCCAGAGGGAGCUAGAGGAUGUCCUCAUGGAGCCGUCGUCGGCUGAGGCCAGGCUGGGGCCCCUGGCGGGCGCUGGCGACCAGGGCCUCCUGCCCAACACAGCAUCACCCGUAGCACCAGGCACCGACCCCCUUAGUGCUCCUGCACCCAAGGUGGAGAUGGUACUUCCUGUUCAGACAGCGCAGGAGAGCGAGCUGAAUGAGAGGUCCUAUCGAGGAGAUGAGUCAUCAUCGGACGGCAGUCCCGGUAGUCCCAUCCCAGAUGAAGACAGCGUAGUCUUCAGCCAGCUGACGUAUCUCGGCUGCGCUUCGGUCAACGCCCCCCGCAGUGAAGUGGAGGCCCUCCGUAUGAUGGGCAUCCUCAGGGACCAAUGCCAGCUCCCCUUGGACGUCACCUUGUCUGUGCCGGGCGUGUCCGAAGGCACUGUCAGGCUUUUGGACCCCAACAACAGCACGGAGAUCGCCAACUACCCCAUCUAUAAAAUUCUCUUCUGCGUGCGCGGGCAUGACGGCACGCCGGAGAGCGACUGCUUUGCGUUCACCGAGAGCCACUACAACGCCGAGAUCUUCAGGAUCCACGUGUUCCGUUGCCAAAUCCAAGAGGCAGUGAGCAGGAUCCUGUACAGCUUUGCCACAGCAUUUCGACGGUCAGCCAAGAAAGCGGCGCUGGCGUCCCAGCAUCCCGCGCCACUCACGCCUGACAGCGACUUGUUUACCUUCACCGUCAGCCUGGAAAUCAAGGAAGACGACGGCAAAGGCACUUUCAGUGCUGUAGCAAAGGACAAGGACAAGCAGAGCUUCAAACUGCGUGCCGGAAUGGACAAAAAAAUUGUCAUUUAUGUCCAGCAGACAUCCAAUAAGGAACUGGCUAUUGAGCGGUGUUUUGGUCUUCUGCUUAGCCCCGGCAAAAACGUCAAGAACAGUGACAUGCACCUUCUCGACCUGGAGUCGAUGGGAAAAAGCUCCGACGGGAAGUCUUACAUCAUCACAGGAAGUUGGAACCCCAGCACUCCCCAGUUCCAGGCUGUGAAUGAGGAAACGCCCAAAGAUAAAUUCAUGUACAUGACGACAGCGGUGGACUUGGUCAUUACCGAAGUAGAGGAGCCGGUGCGUUUCCUUCUGGAGACGAGGGUCCGGGUCUGCUCCCCCAACGAUCGGCUCUUCUGGCCUUUCAGCAAGCGCAACCACACCGAAACCUUCUACCUGAAACUGCGGCAGAUGGAACGGAAGGAGCGGAAGAGUCCCUCCACCGACACACUUUACGAGGUGGUGAGUUUGGAAAGUGAGACCGAGAGAGAGAAACGCAAGACCACAGCUAGUCCUGGUAUCAUUCCCGGCGGGCCCGGUUCCAUGGUUCCUUCUCCGCCCGAGGACGACGAAGAGGAAGACAAUGAUGAGCCAUUACUCAGCGGUUCUGGUGAUGUUUCCAAAGAGUGCGCUGAGAAGAUCCUGGAGACUUGGGGAGAUUUGUUAUCGAAGUGGCAUCUGAAUUUGUCCGUGCGACCCAGGCAGCUUCCUGCUCUGGUGCGGAGCGGUAUUCCCGAGGCACUCCGCGGGGAGGUUUGGCAGCUCUUGUCCGGUUGCCACAACAAUGACCACCAGGUAGAGGAGUACCGCACCCUUAUCACAAAGGAAUCCCCGCAGGACAGUGCCAUCACUCGGGACAUUAACAGAACGUUCCCGGCUCAUGACUACUUCAAAGACACUGGAGGAGAUGGGCAAGACUCCCUGUAUAAAAUCUGCAAGGCUUACUCUGUGUAUGAUGAAGAGAUUGGCUACUGCCAGGGACAAUCCUUCUUGGCCGCUGUGCUCCUCUUGCACAUGCCCGAGGAGCAAGCCUUCAGUGUGCUCGUCAAGAUCAUGUUUGACUACGGACUCAGGGACCUUUUCAAGCAAAAUUUUGAAGAUCUGCAUUGCAAGUUCUUCCAGCUUGAGCGACUCAUGCAGGAAUAUAUUCCCGAUUUGUACAACCAUUUCCUGAACGUGGGUCUGGAGGCUCACAUGUACGCCUCCCAAUGGUUCCUCACCCUCUUUACAGCCAAGUUCCCUCUCUACAUGGUCUUCCAUAUCAUUGACCUGCUUCUGUGUGAGGGCAUCAGUGUGAUCUUCAAUGUUGCUCUCGCACUUCUCAAGACAUCAAAAGAUGAUCUGAUCCAAACAGACUUUGAGGGCGCCCUCAAAUUUUUCCGUGUACCAGUUCCUAAAAGGUAUCGCUCGGAGGAAAAUGCCAAGAAACUGAUGGAGCUGGCUUGCAGCAUGAAGAUCAGUCAGAAGAAGCUGAAGAAGUUUGAGAAGGAGUACCACACCAUUAGGGAGCAGCAGGAGCAACAAGAAGCUCCCAUUGAGCGAUAUGAGAGGGAGAACCGUCGCUUGCAGGAGGCCAACAUGCGCUUGGAGCAGGAAAACGACGACCUGGCACACGAGCUGGUCAGCAGCAAGAUUGCCAUGCGCAAAGACCUUGACAACUCUGAGGAGAAAGGCGACGCCCUGAACAAGGAGCUGCUCCUGACCAAACAGAAACUAGUCGAGUCUGAGGAUGAGAAGAGACGGCUGGGGGAGGAAUCGGUGCAGGUGAAGGAGAUGUGCAGGCGAGAGCUCAACAAGUCGGAAUCCGAGAUCAAAAAGAAAGUCUCCAUUAUUGCCGAAUACAAACAGAUCUGCUCCCAUCUGAGCGAACGGCUGGAGAAGGAGCAAGCGGCCAAUCGAGGAGAGCUGGAGAAGAUCAGAGCCAUAGUGGAGGGCUGCGACAAAUGCAGCAGCCUUUUCAACAAGGAAGGUCGUGUUCGGCCGCCAGCGAAGGCGCCGCCACCGGAUGGCAGCGAUGAGACGGAUGAGGAGAAGGAGGAUUUGAAGAAGCAGCUGAGGGAAAUGGAGCUGGAGCUGGCGCAGACUAAACUGCAGCUGGUGGAGGCGGAGUGCAAGAUUCAGGACUUAGAGCACCAUCUGGGUCUGGCCCUCAAUGAGGCCCAAGCGCCCAAGAAGACCUGGUUCAACCGAACGCUUAGCUCCAUCAAAACGGUCACCGGCACCCAGGGUAAAGAGACCACCUAACCCGCCGGGGUCUCGUUUGCGUCAGCCGAACUUGAACGCUUCUCGCCGGGGUGGCUAUCACUACUACGGAGCGCUCUUGGCCACGUUCCACCUUUUUUUCCCCCCCGCCCCGUUUGAGGCCCAACAAGACUACAGCCAAGUGCACUGAGGCCUAGAUUAAAAAUAAAUAAAUAAAAUAAUCGUUGCCACUCCCCCUUCCAGUGGUCACACAUACAUACACUGUUUGGUUUGUGCCCUUGUUACUGCUGAUAUGAAUCAACAUGAGGAGGAUGGUAGGAUAUCUGUAACCAUGGUAACGUGACAGACGCACACACUCCCUCCUUCCUCGCUUCCUCCCUUAAGAGAAAACAAAAAACUACUGGCACAAACUAAAAAGUUUUCGGUACAAGACAUUAUAGAUGCUUUUUUUUGUUUUUGUAACAUACAACUUCCUUUUUCCUAUGUACAGGUAUGUUCAUAAAUGUGCUUCUAUAUGAAGAGUGUGUGUAAGCGUGAAUGCCUAAGUAAUGGACUGAAUGAAAAUGUGUAGUGUAGGAAAUACGGAGAGAAAAAGCACUAAUGCAUGCAUGGACGAGAAAACGUAUUCAGUGUUUAAUGUAGCCAACGCGAUUCAUUCACAAGCAUAACAAAACUGCUUUCAUUUGUUUAUGUCUGGUUGCUAUGGCGAUGUGAAUGAUUGUAUGUGCCCUGAUGUGUGGACUGGCGACCAGUCCUGGGUGUAUCCCCCGCGUCUUGCCUAACGUCAGCUGAUAAAGAUCAUUUUCAUACUUGAUGUCAUGUAAUUUUAACGGACGGCUCUCGACUUCCUGUUUUCCAAGCAUUUUUAAAAAAUGUCAGACGGUCCCUUAGUUACACUGAUCAAUAGCAACAUUUAAUCAAAGAUGGAUUUGUGUGCCUGUUUUUGUAUUCUUUAACGCUUAUUUCCAAACUGUUUUACUUUUUUUCGUAGCCCAACGGGUUUUGUUUUUUUUUACGCUGAUUUCCAAAAUGCUUUGCUUUUUUGUAGCCCAUCGGGAGAUUUUUUUUCAUUUUUUGGUUUGCCCUAUAAAAGUUUGCACAGUACGGAUUUUACCAUCCACUGCAAUUUAUAGCUUUGACCUUCCAGAAAAAAGUCCACCUGGUGAAUUCAUAAAUAUGACAUAAUAUAUUGCAAUAUUAUUUUUAUUCUUAAUUAUGAAAACCUGAUGUGCUAGUGCAAAAAAAAAAAAAAUCAGAUUUGGAAAUCAGCAGCUCAAAAACAAAGCUUCCUUGCAAUUCUGAUUUUUUUUUAAAAUUGUUGGCCACUGUAAACCGUCUCUAUGCAUCUUCCAGUCAUAUGCUAACCCCAUACCAAAUGUCAGCCUGCUAAUAACAUUUUUCCUUCGGUAAAACAUUCCCAAGCAUGCUUCCAGUCCUUCAAGUGGCAGCUCUGCAAAUGCCACACACCGUAACCUUCAUGAAAAUGGAUGAUGCUUGUUUGGGGUCCUCAUGCACGAAAGACAUCCCCCCGUGUGUGUGUGUGCACUUAUUGAACCCCCCCCCCCUCCUUACUUCCUAGCGCCACCUGCUCUCUGACCUUUGAACUUAGGAGAUACUUUAAAGUGCAGGGUGGAUGAGCUGACUGACAUUCUUGACUGCGCCACACACACAUUGGAGUCUGCACACAUUCAAGAAGGGAAAAUACCUAUUGAUGGCACACUGACAUUACAUAACAAAUUUUACUUAGCAAAAAUUGACGACUACUAAUAAAGGAGGUCCUCAGUUUGAAUCCAUCAUUAUGGCGAGCGAUGAACUACGUAGGAGGAUCUGAAAGUGACGACAUUUGCGCUACACAAAAGAUUAUAGUAACGCUGGUUAAACACGCUUUUGUUAUUCUAAUUACAAUAUGCCAUUUACUCCACCACAGGAGACCUUUCAAUAAGAAAAGCGUUUGCGUUAUUCAUUUCUUCGGAGACAAAUAGUUUUCAACCCUAAGUGCCCUGUCGACAGAGGUAGUCAUUUAUUUCCAGUUGCAUUCAUAUGUCAUAUUAUUUAUGAUGCCUCCAUCCAACAAGAUUUAAAAAAAACAAAAAAAAACACCCAUAUUGAUGAGUAAGGGUGUGCUGUAUUUGAAUAGGGGUGUGUAGACUUUUUCUAUCCACUGUGUUUUGGAAGUGACUGCCGGUCUACGUUAGCGGUAAGAAUUUUAAACACCUCAUUAGCAGUGUGUUUGCGUUCGUCAUUGCUCACGCGCCAACUUGGCCUCGGCUCUCAGUCGGGAAAUCAGCGAGCUGGAAUAUUGUUUGUUAUUUUCUUCACUCAUGAUGUGAGGUCGCUUAUUGCUCAACAGAUGGAAGGAUAUAGCUCGCUCGCUCACACAUACUUUGAUUGACGCGCACAAACGAAACACGUGAAAUGUUGUUUUUCUGGUCUCGUACACAACUGCAAAGAAUUUGCAUACUCAAUAAACAAGACAUAUUCA